AUGAUCUGGACGAACCCUGAACCCGUUGCAGACGUCUCCCUGGACUUACAUAUCCAGGUCCCGCAGAAGUUCGCUGCGCGUUUCGAAACCCAGUACGUACUGCUUCGCGAUCUCAUAUUUGAGAGGACGAGUGCGGUGAAAGACGAUGUACUAAUUCAUGUCCGAACCAAAGCGAUGGAGGGAGGCACAUCGGAUAAGUUUGCGAUCAUUGAAGCAGGCGGCUUCUACGAGGUCGAUGGUGGUGAAGCAAGUGUGAUUCCAGACGAGGCCUUUGUAGGAAUUAACACAGACCCCAACGACAUUCCAUCUAAGAUUGAUUGGGGUUUUGUGACAACCCCUCAGCCGGCCUUAGGCGGUCGAAAGCUAGAUUACACACGUGGCAAAACUUUGGGAGGCAGCUCUGCAAGAAAAUACCUUGUUACAAGCAACAGCUUUGAGUAUACACUCAGUGCGCGGAAAGAGGUUAUCCUAUCUGCAGGCGGCUUCCAGUCUCCCCAGCUACUGAUGGUGUCUGGCAUCGGGCCCUCGGAUACUUUGAAGCAAUACAACAUCUCUCUCAUCGCAAACCUAUCAGGCUUCGGCCAAAAUAUGUGGGAUAGUCUCAUCCUUGGGCCAUCAUACCGAGUCAAUGUAGUCACAGACUUACUGAUUUCACAAAAUUCCGAGUAUGCCGCUCCGAUAGCAGCCCAGUAUAUCAACAACCAAAGCGGACCGCUCACCUAUGCAGCCGGCUAUGCAGCGUGUGAAAAGCUGCCCUAUCGAUCCACCUUCCGAGCCUCAACCAACGCUUCCCUUGCCUUUUUUCCCUCGGACUGGCCCGAAUUAGGCUACCUCCCGGUAGACACCUACACAGGCUACCCCUCCCAGCCAUCGACCUCCAUGCUCAACGACAGCUUCAACUGCGAAACCAUAUUCACCGCCCACGUCGCUCCUUUAUCGCGCGGCAACGUCACCAUCAAAUCCACCGACACAUCCGACCUGCCCAUCAUCAAUUCCAACUGGCUCUCACGCCCUGCAGACGCAGAAUUCGCAGUCGCGGGCUUCAAGCGCGCUCGUUGA